AACAAUGGGCACAGUUAUUGUUUUCUUUGUAUACAUUCAUUUUUGCCCGCGAUCUCGCUUCACCUAGGAUAGGGAGCCACCGCUCAAAUCGCGCUUACUUUCGUCUCACUAGCUGGCACACUUUCUCAGGUCUUUCGAUGUCAGUGUUCAGCCUCAGGGUCGUUAUACAAAACCUGCAGGAUUGCCUGGAAGAUGAAGACGACCUUGACAUGGACUCCUACAUAGCGGCAUACCGAGAGCUUUCUAAGUUCUUCGAAGGCCUCGGUUCACUGUUUGGCUUCAUCAACUCUGACGUAAAGAGCAAGCUGGACAUCUUAGAUGACUACCGCAAGUCGGAUGACGUGGGUGACAACUACGAAACGCUGAACUCCAUGAUCGAGUACGAGAAAGACGAGGGCUUCAUAGCGGACGACAAGAAGCCAUCAGGGUCGCGCACGCUACUUCGACUACACAGGGCACUCGAGUUCAUAGCCGCUCUGUUCAAGGCCAUUAGCACUGCCAACGAUGACGCGUCUGUCGGGAAAAUGGCGAAGGAGAGCUACGACCAGACGCUUGCCAAGUAUCACCCAUGGCUUAUCAGGAAAGGAGCUUCGAUUGCCAUGUUGACCCUCCCGAAGGUUGAAGAGAUCUUCGCAAAGGCCUUGCCCGAGGAAAAGAAAGACCUGCGGCAACUGGUGACGGGCAUCGCGGAGGAAGCCACAAAAGUGUACAACUUCACACAGUCCGUCUACGAAAAGAACAACAUUCUGGAUCUACCUUGAUAGCUCCGUUUAACCAUUUGCGCAUGGGCGGUGGCCCCCAACCCAAAGUGAAGACAGUUUUUGACUUGCCCUUUGAGCGAGAGUGUUGUUGGCAAAACUGUGCUGAACAUCAAUGUUCUUGGUAGAACAAAGUAUGCUUUUUUUUUUUGUUGCUGAGCGAAACAGUGUUUUAACUGUUCGCACUUCAACUGCAUUGUCUUAUUCCAGCGGCCAUCACUGUCGAGUCAAGUGCAAGCAGGUGCUAGUUCUCUGAGCGGAUGUCUUACACCUGUGAGGGUGAAAAUUUACUCGGUAACAGUUUAUGAGGUUGUCCUUUUCUCCGUUUUGCUACCACUUCAAGUGCCAGCUUUAAGCUAGGGGUAAUGUACAAAUAUUUUGUUGACCGAUCCACAACAAUAAUUUUGAAAACGAAACUUAGAGCUUGUGAUAUUAUUGCAAGGCAAUCUUCUAGACAUUUCCUGUGUGUCCGUGAGGCACGGAACUGGGAAAUUGUUGUGACAACGAGAGAAAGUAUCUGUUAGAGCAAAACCGAAUGCCAUUUUUGCGAUUACAGUUAAAAAGAAAAGCGGUGCAGCAAAACGUUUACUGUAGCUGGGAAAAUCGCCGUAAAGGAAGCAGUUAGCCCAAACAUUCUUUGCUGUAAACGUAUAAACCGAGAAAAUGUGUGAACAGGAACAUGGCUGUGACGCUUUAUUUAGCCCAACCACGACGUACCGAAUUAUUUUGUAUGACGAAAUGAGUAUAAGAUGUUUCUUGGAUGUCAGCAUAUAGUGAAGCAAUGCUUAUAUAACGGAAAUUUGUUAUAUAGAGAGUAUUGGAAGUGUGUUCCUCUUUAAUGUCAUUUGACUAUAUUAGCAAUGCUAAAAUUUUGGCAUAGGCUCAUUUAGUCUGUGAUGGAAAUGGCUAAGAUCACUGUAUGUUUUACAGUUGUACGGUAAGAGGCAAGGCUGUGCUUUUAAUGUGAGUCAGGAUAGAAGGUGUGCAAAUGUGCCAUUGCUCACUCACGUACUGGAGUACUUUGUUCCUUCAAAUGUGUUGUUUCUCAAGUUAGACCGAUGUGAGAUUGCAUUGCAGCACGAAAUCUUAUUUCGGAUGUCCGCAAUGACGUUGACACUGGAAUACUGGUUCUGCGGAAACUUGCAAGGUGGAGAUUCUUUUCAUUGAAGCUGACAUUGUGUUUCCCCGUAAAAUAUGCACUGCCACUAAUUUAUUAAUGAAGUACCAGAAGCCGCACUGUAAUAGUUACCUCCCAUUUACUGUGUCAAAUCGACCUGCCUCUGUGAGCGGCUUACCGUGUCAAUAACAGUAGUGUGGUGACCACUUGCCCAUUAGUCCAUCAUUCAUUAAAUGCAUUAGUUAAUUUAAAUUGUUAUGGAAUUUGUGCCAAGAUACAUAUCUUUUCAGUGGAAGUAAUUAGUUAAGCAGUAGUAGGAAAGAUGGUUUUUAGAGAUAUUCACUUCGCAUUUUUAGUAAAGUUUAUGAAUCAGUGCUUGUAACGCCUCAGGAGUGUUUUCGUUGCCUCCUUGCCUUGGUAAUAGAGAACGAACAAAUCAUGCUGUCAACUUAGCUGCAUGAGCUAUGGCAGCUGCUACACAUUUACGAACAUGAAAAGAAAAGCUCAAUCAACUUGACCAUAUUUAGUGGCAUCGAAACUUCUACCUUAACCUCUAAGUAGUUAUGAUUAGACGGUUAUUUGAUGUCAGUCUAAUUUACAGCCAUCAAAGGUAUAGUGAGUUAUUGAUAAGAUCAACCUAUGAAAGUGCCCGUGUGUCAGUUUUUGCUGUGUGAUUUGCCUGUAGCUUAACCAUUUACUGCAAUGUUUUCAAUGUAGCAUUGUAAUUGCUUGCACAUAGCACUACAUUUAUCUUCAGCAAAUUUUUGGAUGCUACUGUAGAACUUUUUUGGUGCCUUUUGAAAGUGUAUGUAGUCUGACAAAACUGUGAAAAGAAAUGCACAUGGAUAACUGUGUUACUAAAAUGGGAUGUCUUUGUUAGCUUGUGCACUAUGAAGGUAUAAACAUGGAAAUCUCUUGAAACAAGUAUAUAGCAAGACGGACUUCGUACUGUAACUUUUGGCAAGGCGAUGUCUGAAAAAAUAAGUAAACACUUGCUGUAAAGUACCGCGGAAGCGCCCAGUUUCGCACAUGCACCCUCUAUUAACAUUUUCGAAACUUCAGGAUUCUGAAUAUUAUAUGUGAAGUGCCCAACUCUCCCCAUUGUCCCCAUUGUGGCCAAUAUUCACCCCAUUGUGGCCAUUAUGGCAAUCGGCUAGCUGUACGGUGCACCCCUACACCGUCGCCAGGAAGAUUGAAGUCAUUGAGUGCCACCGUGUGUCAAAAGAAUGCCAGCUGCACCUCUUGGCAUUUCAGGAUAGAGAGGAAAAGAAUCCGUGAGUGCGGCACCAAGUGUGACGCCUUAAAGCAAUGCAACUACGGCAAGGGUACGAUGAAGCACAAGCUCAUGGAUUGCAGGUUCGUCUUCGGUGAAGAGUUGGACGAGUUGUUCGCGGUGUUCAGUGACGAUGAGUAGACGUUACUGUGCACCAUCAUUUACAAUUUCAAAGUAAACAUGCUUUCUUUUGUUUCGAAGCCACCGUAGCACUGCCUCCAAGCUCUUCGUUGGCUACCAGCUUGGUUUUUGGUGCUCCUGCCAGACAAGUGCCCGUAUCUAGAUUAACGCAAUUUUCAGUGAAAGUGAGGUGGGAACUUCCGCAGUACUUUAUGAUACAUAAAUGCAAAUCGUUGGCUCCUGUGCAACGUAUGCACACAAGUUACGAAAUAUUACAUAUGUUUGUUCAUGUUGGCAGUGCAAACGCAGGACUUGUUCAGUGCUUAAUUGAGUACGCAGUGUUCACUUUAAUGUGUAUCAAGCCACUUUGUCGCACGGAUUGUGCUUAUGCCGUGGAGCUUCCCACUGAAAUUUCCAGCAGGAACCCCGGCGUUGUAGUCAUUCAGGUAUCCUAUGUGGAAGAGAUAGUACCUCAAUUUGUCUGAUUUAUUCGCUCGUGACUGAACUGAAUAUGCCUUUAUUGACCAAAAUCUUGAAUCAAUCCUACAUUUACUGAUGCAGAAGGUGAAGUAACUCAUAAAAAGAUUCUUGAGCAUUUCGUUGCAGCUUACUAAACAUGGUUUUUAUGGCACUAUGAAAAACGGGCACAAAGCACCACUAUUGACUGAUUUGAUGA